AUGAUGGAUGGAAAAGAACAAGAAGGUGCUCAAAGAUUCUACAACAAGUAUAGCAGUCUCUCCAACAACAUCACGUUAAAGUUACACCUUCUCCUUCCAAUGGUGAUCCUCUUGUCAUUCCUCCUCACAUUCACCUCCUACAACAGCUAUCACUACCCCAUGUCUGCAUUUCUAUUGCCAUUAUUCACCCACACCUUUGAGAAGAAGUAUUUGUUCAUCCUUUGCACUACUAUUCUCACUUUCAUCACCAAGAAAAAUCUGCACUCGGGUCUGAAGGAAAACUUACACCAUGAAAAGCUACUUUACUCGCUAGAUGAAAUAAAUGUUGCAGCAGUUGUUGAAGGAGACCUCCAAGAAUGUGAAUACGGUAGAUUAGAUGAUCAAGAAUCGAAGGAAGAACAUGAGGAAAAUACAGAAAACAGUGAGAAGGAAAGUGAGGUUGCAAUGGAAGAUGAAGCUGAUGGAGAGGUUUUUAUGGAAGAAGGGAUUUUAGGUGGUUCUUCACGCGUUGAAGAAGAACAUGCAGCGAUGAAUAUGGAUACAGAAGAGUUGAAUAAGAAGAUAGAGGAGUUUAUUCGGAAGAUGAGAGAGGAACUAAGGGUUGAAGCUGAACAACAUUUGAUCAAUGUGUAA